AUGGUUGCAGGGUUGCUAAAGGUGCCCCCUAUUUCUCAUUUAUUUUUUGCUGAUGAUAGUUUGUUAUUUUUCAAAGCCAAUGCCCAGGAAGCCAGUGAGAUUAAAAAUUGUUUAUCUGUAUAUGAGAAUUUGUCUGGGCAGGUAGUUAAUUAUCACAAAUCCAGUAUAUGCUACGGCAAGAAUACUAGUGAGUUUGACAGGAAUGAAGUGGCACAAAUCUUAGGUGUAGUCCAGGCUCCUAACUUUGGGAAAUACUUGGGACUUCCCUCAUUUGUUGAAAGGAAUAAGAAAGCGGCUUUCUCGUAUAUUAAGGAAAAAAUCAGACACAUGAUUGGAUCAUGGAAUAAGAAACUGUUAUCAGGCAAGGAAAUCUUGUUGAAAAGUGUAGCACAAUCCAUGUCUACCUUUUCAAUGAGUAUUUUUUUGCUACCUAUGACUGUGUGUACGGCUAUUGAGAGAGUUAUGAACCGCUAUUGGUGGGGGACUGGUAAUGAUCAGGGGAUACACUAA